CAGAAUAUUAAUUACCCAUACUCCAAAGCUUCUCACGCCUCAGAUCAAUCAGCCGCAAUCAGCCGCAAUCAUGUCCAGCUACGACAAUGACAACGACAACUCUGGCUCCAGGUCCGGAGGCAGCUAUGGCGACAAUGACAACUCCCGAUCCGGCGGUUUCGGCGACGACAACAACCGCGGCGGCAAUGACGACUCCUAUGGCAGCUCCGGCCGCACUGGAGGAGAUGACAGCUAUGGCAGCAGUGGCCGCACCGGCGGACUGAGCUCUUCCAACGACAACGAUGAUUCAUAUGGUAGCUCUGGCCGUACUGGAGGCGACCUCAGCUCUUCCAACGAUAACAACUCAUACGGAAGCAGCGGACGUACCGGAGGAGGCCUCAGCUCUUCCAAUGACAACGACUCAUACGGUUCCAGCGGGCGCACUGGCGGGGGUCUCUCCUCGUCCGAUGACAACGAUUCGUACGGCAGCUCUGGCCGCACCGGCAAUCUGAGCUCUUCAAACGACAACGACUCAUAUGGCAGCUCCGGCCGCACUGGCGGCGGACUGUCUUCUUCUAACGACAACGACUCAUAUGGCAGCUCCGGCCGCACUGGCAGCGGACUGUCUUCUUCCAACGACAACGACUCAUAUGGCAGCUCCGGCCGCACUGGCGGCGGACUGUCUUCUUCCAACGACAACGACUCAUAUGGCAGCUCCGGCCGCACUGGCGGCGGACUGUCUUCUUCCAACGACAACGACUCGUACGGCUCCCGCGGCCACACUGGCGCCAUCUCCUCUUCCAAUGACGACUCCUACGGCAGUGGAAACACCGGGUCUUCUGGAUUCGGCGGUAGCAGCGGCCGAAACGAUAACGAUUCCUACGGCUCCAGCAACCGCGACGAUAACAACAGCAGUGGCAAAGACUCGACUGCGGGCAAGUUGCUGGAGAAAGCUGGUUCCCUCCUCGGCAACAACAAGAUCGAGCAGUCGGGACGCGAGAAGAGGGAGCAAGCCGGCCAAGAUGAUAACAACUACUAGACUGCUGGCACGGGAUGACAGAAAGGAAGGACACUCUCUCGCCCGCUGCGUCAAGCAGCACUGGUUUAUGGGCGUAUAACGGCAAUUCGACGACGUUCUCUUGUGUGCAACGUAUUCAAGAAUUUUCCAAGUG